AUGGCGGCUCCAAAUACUCCACGACAAGAGCCAGGGCCGACCGUACCACUACGUAUAAUGGCGCUGGGCGCCUCCGUAACCUUCGGUACCGGGUCUUCAACUGGAAACAGCUAUCGGAAAGACCUGCAGGACUUACUUGUCUCUAAAGGCAUGAAUGCUACGUACGUGGGCACAAGAGCCAAUGGAAACUUCCCCGACAAUGCUGUCGAGGCAACGGGUGGCUUCAAAAUUGACCAGAUAGCCGCUUCUGCCGACAAGGCUGUACCUACGCUCAAACCAAACCUCGUGUUAGUUGACGCUGGCACCAACAAUUGCAACAAAGGUGGAGAGGUACCAGAUGCAGGAGCGAAUGUCACAGCCAUGAUCAACAAAAUCUAUCAACAGAGUCCAGGAGCUACUGUGAUUCUUACAUCAAUUCUUGCCAACAAAGUUCCCGAACAAGAUGCAUGUCGCGUCAAAAUCAACGAACAGUACGCAGCCUUGGCAACACAGUUUCAGCAAUCCGGCGCCAAGUUCGCGAUGGUUGAUAUGCGCAGCGCAGACGCUCCGACCCUCGACGAUCUUGCCGACACGAGGCAUCCUAAUGACGGAGGAUAUGUCAAAAUGGCAAAUGUCUGGCUCAAAGGAAUCCAAGAUGUUAUGUCUAAAGGGUUUAUCACUUUACCGGCUUAA